CACACACAGAGAGAGAGACCACGGAAAAUUAUCAACAUGGAAAACAGCAAAGACAGCCUGAACGGACGGCGAUCGAUUCAAUCAGAGCGCCAGCAUCGAGUCAAUCAGUACCAGUCGAGAGUCAGCGGAGACUGCAAAUACACGGAUCGCGGCAACAUGUACAUAAUUGUGACGCUGGGACUGAUCGUGGUGCACUUGUUGUUGCUGCCCAUCUACGUGUACCUCACCUGGCACCACAAGUACUGGCGCAAGAGGGGCCUGGUGACGGCUCGUCCGCUCACGCUGUUGGGCACGUAUCCGGGACUGCUGACGAGGCAGCGCAAUUUGGUGGAGGAUCUGCAGAAGGUGUACGAUAAAUACAAGGGCAAGCAUCGGGCUGUGGGCGUGUUUGUGACGCGUCAGCCGCAGAUCUUGGUGCUUGAUCCUGCGCUGGCCCACGAGAUUCUGGUGAGCAAUUUCCGCUGCUACAAGGACUCACUGACCAGCUCGUACAUACGGCAUGCCAAGUGGGACAAGUACGCGCGCCGCAAUCCCUUCUGGGCCUCCGGCAAGUCCUGGCGCAGCCUGCGCACAGAUGCCCAGGCUGGGAUUUCUAGUCAUCGACUGAAGCAGGCCUAUGCCAUAUGGGAGGAGGGUGGCAAGAUGCUAACAAACUACAUGGCGGCACAGGUUACGGAGCACAAAAAUGUUCUGGAGACCAGAGAUCUCUGCUUUCGCUACACGGCCCAUGUCAUGGCUGACUUUAUUUGGGGCAUCGAUGCUGGGACUCUGACCCGGCCUGAGGAGCAUCCCAACAAGGUGCAGCAGAUGGCCAGCAAGUGGACGAGCUAUGCCUUCUAUAUGAUCUCCGUAUUCAUGGCCACGAUUGUGGCUCCCUUCAGCCGCCUGCUGCUGCGCCUGCGCUUCUAUCCCAAAGAAACGGACGAAUUCUUCUCCAAGCUAACCAAGGAGUCCAUUGCCAUGAGGCUCAGUGCUGGCAGUGCUGGCUCCCGCACAGAUUAUCUCGCCCAUCUGCUGCAGCUGCGCGAACAGAAACAGGCCACGCACGACGACCUGGUGGGACAUGCGCUGACCGUGAUGUUGGAUGGCUACGACACCACGGGAACUGCUCUGCUUCAUGCUCUGUAUUAUCUGGCGGAGAAUCCGGCAAGCCAGCAGAAACUGCGCACGGAAAUCCUGAGUAACCUCAACACCGACAGGAGUCUCAGCUUCGAGCACUUGUGUGGCUUGCCCUAUCUGGAGCAGGUGGUCUAUGAAUCUCUGCGGCUGAGCAGCCUCAUUCCGCAGUACACAAAAGUCUGCACGAAUGCCACAAACAUUCAGCUCAACGAAUCCAAAACCCUAGAGGUGGAGGCAGGCAUGACCAUCAUGAUACCCAACUAUCAGUUCCAUCACGACAAAAGAUAUUUUCCCGAUCCGGAGCUGUUCAAGCCGGAACGUUUUGAUGCUGCUGCCCAUCUCGAACUCAUUCGCAAAGGUGUCUUCCUGCCCUUCAGUGAUGGACCUCGCAUUUGCAUGGGCAUGCGUCUGGCUCUGUUGACUCUCAAGUCCGCUCUGAUCCAUAUUCUCAGCGAAUUUCAAGUGGUGCGCGGCAGGGAGAAACUCAGACCCCAAGGCGACGCUGGCUUCGGCAUGGUACUCCAGGGUGAUGUUCAUCUUGAGUAUCGACGCUUCUCGCGAUAGUGUGGAGAGUGCUUACAGUGCUCGAAUAUACUUUUAAUUCACAAUUUGAUUGUGAUUUGCCGUUGUAGCUGAUGUGUGAAUGUUCACGCUUUGUAAUACAAAAUUCUUUGAUGAGAUAAUGUAA